AUGUUGGGCCAGGCCCUGGCGGGGCCCCACCACGAGACUCCGGGGGGCUGCCAGGGCGAUUCCUACGAGGGGGCGGUAUCCGAGGCCUGGGAUUCGAUCGAUCCCACGCCGGUGUUGAGCUCGGCCGGCGGGGAUCUCCUUCGCGCGUACUUCGUCUGCGCCAAGGCCGUCGGCCGGGACGCCGUCGAUGCCGGGAUGAUGGAGACGCUCGUCAAACUCACCCACGCGCACUGCCAAAUGCGAACCCGCUGGACGCGUCAGUACGACCGCGCCCUCCGCCGCACCCGACGUCCGGGCCACCCCCCCACCGGCCAAGACGCUCCGUCGACCCCCCCGGAGAAGGGGGCGGGGAGGUCGAUUUCGGACGAGGCCGACGGUGUUUUUCGCGCUCUUUCCGCCGGCCCGCCCACCACGGCGCUGAUCGACGCCGUGGCGGCCAUCGGCCUCUGCGACGGGACGCUACAUUUCUUCACCGGCCACGCCCUCCUCGCCCGCUGCGUCUUCGAACUCCUGCAGGCGGAAAUGGCCGAAAUCGCGGGGGGCCCCGCCGAGCCCGAGGCCACGGCCAAUCCCUUGGCCGCCUGGAGGGCUUCGCUCGACGCGGCGACCCAAAUCGCGCCCCUGCAAGCCGAGCCCGAGGCCGCGCGCUGUUAUUUUCCCAUUGAGGAAUUCGUGGCAGAUUUAGAGGCCCAUCUGAAUGCGACCCUCAGCAACAGCAUGCGGCAAUCCUGA